AUGGCGGCGCGUGAUUCGGCCAAGCGGCGGUCGUGGGAGCGAUCGGACCUUGGUGAACGAGAACAGAACGGCCGAGAUGAGCGCAGGCAAGACCAGCAGGAUCAGGGCCAACAUCAACAGGACCGGCGCAAAGGGUUUCAACAUGAACAGAAGCAGCAUCAAAUGGCCCGCAAUGAACCGCCUCGAAUGGAAUCGGCUCAAAAGGGCAGCAAGGCCAAGUCUGGUGGUUUGACCACCCAGCAGCGCACCUUGUCCUCAUACUUUGGCCAUGACACCAGCCACAAGCACAAGCCUAUGCCUCCGCCCAUUGGCCGAAAAGCCUCAGUUCUGGGUGCCACUGCUGGAUUGGGUCGGCGGGGCAAUGUGACACCGACCCUGUCACGCCAAGCCACCGCCGAGAGCGCCGACUCUCAUGAGUUGCGUGCUCAGCUCGAUCAACUCAAACACAUUUGUCAUCGUAUUCUUGGUCAGGAGCACCGCCACCUCUCGACCCUUGACCGCUGUCUAGCCGAGCUCAGCAAGGUGGUAGAGGAUGUCUUCAACGUGCCCAAUGCCUUCAAGAGCCGCGCUGCGGCUGAUAACCGAGAUUGCAUGGAGUUUCGUCAAACUUGGGACCAAUUACAGUCCCUUCCCAACCAACGUGAUCUCUCGAUGAACCUCGACUUUUUCCAAAAUAAGAUCAAGUCUGCCCCCGAGGGCGCUUUCAUUGAAGACAUGCUCAGCUCUUGGGCCUCGCGGCACGAUUUACUCGAGCGACAUCAUCAUGGCAUGUCCUUUGAUGCCGUUCCACUGCAAGUCCACGAACGCAUCACGAUCAGCAACGAUCACGAGUGCAUGGAUCGUUUUGUGCGUGGCUACAGCAUGAUGCUCAAUUUUUAUGGGUUCAGGCUGACCGGCCCGUGCGUCAUUGUGCUGGUCCUGAAUGGCGUGCAACCCUGA